GUGUAAGCGUAGGAACUUUUUCUCUUGGCGUAAUCAACUCGUGGGUUAGGCUGUGUUGUGCGUUCUGUAUGACAGCGGGUGGUUCAAAGGCAGAUCGAUUUGAAGGGCGAGGGAGGGUUAGCGUAUUGUAGUACCACGUAUUAAAGCUAAAAACUGAGAUAUUCAGUCUCUCUCUCUCAAAAAAAAAAUUCGUAAAAUAACAACUGAUAGAAUAAAAGGUAAAUAAUAAUGUUGAGAGAUAUAUUUAUUAUGACGUGCAGGUGGUGGUUGUAGGUCAACGUGGAUAGGACGUCUGUUCAAGCUGAGAGCUUCUUACGCCAUGCGUACUUGCUUCGUAUCGACUGACGGUCAUAUCAGCUGGCGCUGCAAUCACGGCAACAUGGCCGCCUUCUAUACAGGACGUCUCUGGAGCAUUGCACAUAAAUAUUAGAGCUGAAACAUCAUGGAUGAAGACAGUGAGGACAGCGAUGCGGAAGGAGGUCUAGGCAACGUAACUCGUGUGGUCAUGAGACCUCCAGGUCAGAGUGGCAAAGCCAAGCGAGGUCAUCUGUGUUUCGACGCUUCGUUUGAGACUGGUAACCUCGGACGUGUGGAUCUGAUAUCAGAAUAUGAAUAUGAUUUGUUUAUACGUCCCGACACUUGUAAUCCAAGAUUUCGUCUCUGGUUUAACUUCAUCGUGGACAACAUACGUAUCGAUCAGAGAGUAAUCUUCAAUAUCGUUAACUUCAGCAAACACAGGAAUUUGUUCCGAGAAGGCAUGACACCUCUCGUCAAAUCAACUAGCAGACCCAAGUGGCAAAGGAUUCCUAACAAGUACGUUUACUACUACCGCUCGCCGGAACAUCAGAAUCACUAUGUCCUGUCAUUUGCAUUUGGCUUUGACCGCGAAGAAGAUGUUUAUCAGUUCGCGUUCAACUACCCGUAUUCAUAUUCCAGAUGCCAGGCACACCUGCAGUUACUUGAAAGGCGACAGGUCCCGUAUAUUAAGAGAGAACUUUUGACCAACACGGUGCAACAAAGGCGUUUGGAUGUGCUGACUAUAACAAACCCGAGUAACAUGAAGCCUGGAAAUAAAAAGCAACAUGUUGUAGUUGUCUUAAGCCGUAUUCACCCUGGAGAGUCUCCGACAUCCUUCGUCUGUCAAGGUUUGAUCGACUUCCUGGUUAGUAAUCAUCCGAUUGCAGUCGCACUGCGUGAAUACGUCACGUUUAAGAUAGUGCCUAUGAUGAAUCCUGAUGGGGUGUUUCUGGGAAAUUAUAGAUCGACUCUCAUGGGAUUCGAUUUAAAUAGAACAUGGCAUCAGAUAUCACGUUGGGGUCACCCCACCUUAUAUGCUGUCCAGGCAAUGGUAGUCGGGCUAGACCAGAGCAAGGAAAUGGAAUUGGAUUUUGUUCUGGACCUACAUGCACACUCAAGUCUGCAGGGAGUCUUUGUAUAUGGAAAUACUUACGAUGACGUAUACAGGUAUGAAAGGCAUAUAGUGUUUCCCAAACUGCUGGCACAGAACGCAGAAGACUACAGUGUUGCCAACACCAUGUACAAUCGAGAUUCGAGCAAAGCUGGAACAACAAGGAGAUAUUUCUGUACAGCCCUGAAGGACUCAGUCAACUGCUACACCUUGGAAGUAUCUUUUUUCGGAUACCAACGUCCAAAUUCUCAAGGAAUAUUCCAGUACACAGAAGAUGCAUACUGUAGGCUCGGUCGUAACAUUGCCCGCACCUACCUGGACUACUACAGAGCCAUUGGAGUGAUACCGGCAAAUCUACCAAUUACAAUAUCCACGUCUCCUGACCCCAGGAUGCGAGCUAGAUCAAGCCGGAGUCCUUGUACCCGUCCACGGACAACGCGCGGGAAGGCAGUACUUCGUCUACACGAACUCACGUCUGUCCGCGACCGGGGUAGUUCGUCCAGUGACGGGGGAGGCGAUUCGCCAGUGAAUCUCGAACCCAGGUCAUUUCAACACGACAGACGCCGUUCAACUCUUCUGAUGAACUACAGAGAAAUUCCAACUUCUCUUCCGGAACCGAAUGUGACCCCAGGCUUAAGAGGUCUGGCAGGAAGGAAGAUGAGGGGUGGAGGAAUUUGCCAUUCGGUAGUGACAACCGCCUCAAGGCCACCGCCAGCUCCGCCGAGACUCGCGAUCAUCGACUUCAACAAAUUGACUCGAGGUGGCUUGGACCAGGCCACAGGACGAGGCAGAGGGAAGUCAAAGAGACGGGACACAAGGCAAAACAGAAAUUCUCCUACAGCAAACCGAUUCUAGAUCUUAACGCGUAAAAUUCCGGCAAUACAGCACGCCUCGUGGCCAAAUGUUUAACUAAACUUCUCUAAAAAAAUGUUUUUCUGUCCAUUACUCGCCUUUCUUAAUAGGUAUCAAUGCCUAACUGACACAGACUGAUAGUCUAGUCAAUUAGCUAAAAAUAAAAAUUGAAUCACACAGAAUAUUAUUAAAAACUGUUUUAAUAUAUAAACUUCUAACACAUAUUAACCUGAACCUCGUCAUAUAUUAAUUAUCUACAAGAAUUUAGAGAAAUGUUAUGGUCUUCAGAACGUUUAUUUUUAAUUGUGAAUAGAAAUACGUAAUAUUUAUUAUUGAUAACAAAUAUCUAUAUAUUAAUUACACUGAAAAAAGGGUAUUUUCUGGGGUAUAAGUACCAGGUACAUGUUCAGAUAUUUCUGCACAGUCAAGAACUUUAAUAUCUAACAUUAAAAUAUAUAAUUAAUUUGUUGUUCUUUCAAGGAAAAUUUUCGAUAUCACUAUUCAACAAACAAAACAAUAUAGAAUCCAGGUACAUGGAAAUAAGAUAUUUCUGUCUCACGACAAAUUUCCUUGUACUAAAAUAGAUUUUCUGUUUGAAAUUUAUACUGUUUCGUUAUAAAACAGAACCUACUGUUAGAUGUCCUUGCAAAUAUAUAACCCUAUACGAAUUCGAAGGGGUUUUCUAUCUGUGUUACAUUUAGUAACAAAAAGAUUUAAAACUUGUUACACGAUGGAAAUAAAAUAAAAACAACAGAAAAACUUAAAAUGUACAACACAGAAAAAAUCAAUUCCCACAUAAAUCAUCCUUCGAUAUAAUAAGCAAUUGUGUGGUUAUCAUUUAUUGUUGUUAAUGGAUUUUGUUCCUUAUUGCGAUAAUAUUUAUAAAUAGUUUGUUACUAUUAGAGGGCUGUGGACUUGAUGGCAUAACAAUAUAACCGUUGCCAUGGUAAUACUUCUAUUUACAUGUACACAACAAAGUUAUUAUAUUAUAUAAUCGAUAUAAGAUUGGAUAUUUGAGAACAUAUAAAAUGAAAUCGUAUUACAUUUUUUAAUUAAUUUCAAUUUUUAUGUUCUUCUUGGUAUAAACAGUGCACAAAAUACUUUUCGUUCAUCCACAGCCUUCUAUACGCGUCUAAACAAUUGUACGCAAAGAAUCAAAACAGAUGUUUACGUUUUAACGCCGUAACAGCUUUGUUACACAUUUAUAUAAAAGUGUUAUUAUAAGUAAUCUACUAUAUUUUCUAGUCAUAAAAGAUUUUCCAUCUUUUUAAUACGACUAACGCACAUGUAAUAUUUAAGAUGUUUCUAAUUGUAAAAUAUUCUUUGCCUAAAGAGUAAAUUCUUGAAUUCUGAUCAAAUAAUUUUUAACGCACGUUUUAUAUUAAAUGUUUUCUUAAGGGAAUCCAAGUUAAAUAAAGACAAUAUGACGAUUAAGACCUUA